CCUUCUCCAGCAGGUUAACCAAUAACAACGGCCAUAAUACCCGACAAGUUUCGGUUCCCCAAUCCCUACCAACCGAAGCUAGGGUUUUUAAUUCAAUCCCAUCCCCAAAAUCCAAUUCCAAAUGAAAGAGCUGAGAUCAUAAUGAAAAGAAGAAACCACGAUAUUAACACCGAAUCUCCAAUUCGAACUUCAUUCCCUGCAGCUCUCCACAGAGUUCAUAGCGCCGUAACCCGACCCGAUUCCCGAACAAAUCGAGAUAAGCGUUUAAAGAAGUUUGUUUAUGGUAUGGUUCAACUUUUUUAUGGAUUAUCAUAACCAUGGAUUUGUAGCUGAUGGCCCUAAAACUUCCGAGUAUGCGUUUUUCAAGAAGCUGAAGAAAGAUGCCGGCCAAAAAUUUGAUUCUCAUUCAAUGCGAAGGGAGAAAAACCAAUCAAACAAGUUGAAUUCUAUUGAAUGUCGUGAAGUAGUAGAGGGGACCAAAAUAGUUAGGAACAUCUCCAAGUCAUCGGAGGGAACCAACAUUAUUACAAGUUGCUCUAAGGACUUUAGAUCCCCAUUAUCUGUCAGAAAUGUUAGCUCAAAGGAGUUGCGAUCACUUUUGUCCAGUCAACAUGCUAGUUCUAAGGACUCAGGAUCGUCGUUGCCUGUUAACAAUGUGAAAUGUAUCAACUUUGCUUCAUUCCUCUCACCUGUUUACGGAGCAGCAAAUAACUGGGGUAUGGAAGGGUCUCGGUCUGAUCAAGUGGAAUUAUUUUCUAAAAAGAGACAGAAACUGCAUCAAUGGGCUCAUAAUUCAUCUCCUGAGAUGGAGGAACUCUGUUCCGAGGGGUAUGAUCUUAUUUCAAUGAUCCUUAGUCGGCUUUUACCUCAGAACAAUGAGAAAAAUAGUUUCAGAAGUGCAGAAUUUGCACCAGCAGAGAGCGAUACCAAAACUCAGUUACUUGCCUGCCCUAAGGCUGAUAUUCCUUCCAAGAAACUUUAUAGGAUGCCAACAAGGAACAUCAUGGAAGUCGAAUGUAUGCCGUACUUGGAAAAUGGUACAUCAUGUUAUUGGUCAGACAGAUCAAAGGAGACGAGGUGCUCUAAUAUCUGCUCUCCUACCUUUAUCGAUCACAACACCCUUCAAAAGAAUUUAGAGUUACCUAGCUGUGAACUAAGAGGGAAAAAUCUGAUCUCCUGCGUUGAAGGUGACUCCACUUUUUGCUUUCCGUUUGUGAGACAUGGAUCUUUUCCACCAUUUAGUCCUUUCAAAGAGCUAGAUGAUUUCCAUGACCUGAAUGGAUCCUUGCCUGGAAGAGAGCCAUUGCUACUGCUUGAAUGGGAUUCUAUAAACAUGAAUGAAAGGAGCUUAUCUGCUACUUGUCAGAAAACAAACUGGACCAUAGUUCCUGCAGUACAAAGUUCAUGGGAUCAUCACCAAAGUUUAAAUAUGUUGUCUGAAUCAUAUGGUACAUUUAGGUUUUGUUCAUCACCUGUCCUGAGGAAUUAUCCCCAAGAUUUUUAUACAAGAGUGCCUCCCACUAGUACCAGCUGUGACAAACAAGAGCUUGGAGGAUCUGUUUUAGAAGAAAAGGAAGAUACAGUUGCAGAUAUGAACCCUCUUCCUUUGACCUUAUCACAUUCAGCAAACUACUUGAAUCUAAUUGGGGAUUGCAAUUAUUAUGAAAUUGCAUGUAAAGGUAGCGAGACUAGUGAUAUUCUCCCAUCUCUUGGAAAUCACCUUGGGUUCCUCAAAAAGGCUUUUGGUGAGGAGGACAGUAGUCCUGGUAGUGGAACCCAGCUUUCCUUUGCUCUUGAUGUAGAAUGGAAAUGCUUACAUUCUAGUGGGUUAGUAAGAGAUCAAUACUCAUCUACUUAUAAUGAUCAUCAAUUUCCUGAAAAGGAAAUCAUAUAUUCAACCUUUCUUAGUGAAGAUGAAUUUGGGAGUUCUUUGGAUGGUUCAAGUUAUAGAAGCCUUAUUCACUCGAGUCAAGAUAUGCUAGGCAUCCAUGACAGGCGAUCUUUUAUUUUUCAAAUAUCUCGGGACAAAGAUAAGGCAUAUCCCUUGUUGCUUGAUAAAUCAGGCUUGGAGGAUUGCACAGAAGAAGUAUAUGCUUGUGGUAAUGAAGUCAAAUGCCUUUGAAUGAUGCUUUCUUUGCAUUACCUCUUUCUCUCCUUGCUUUUAUUAAGAUGUCCACUGGCUUGAAGCCUAAACAAUGCUGUUAUCUUUUGCUCUUCAACCAACAAGUAUGGGAGCUAAAUUUUUUCAAUGGAAUUAUAAAUGGAUCAAAGUUCUUAGGUGGAUGGAGUUCCUUUAUGUAUUUGAGUAAUCUUACAGUAGUUCACCUUCAUACAAUCUUCCUUGUCCGACGUUCCAUUUAUGGUUGUUGCUGCCAUGUAUUUGGGUGAUUCUUUUUAAUUUAGCAAAGAGAGAAUAAAAAGGGGCAAAAGAAGUGGCAGCAAUUGUAGGAUA